CGCCGCAUGACAGUUGUGUGUGAAACGAUUUGGAAUUAUGAAGUAAAAUAUUUUAUAAAUUACUGUGUUUAAAUGACAGCAGGAAAAGAAACAAUGGGCGAACAACCAAUCUUCACGUGUAAAGCGCACGUGUUCCACAUAGAUCCGAAGACGAAAAGAUCCUGGAUGUCGGCCAGCUCUGCUGCAGUAUCCGUCUCCUUCUUCUAUGACUCCUCCAGGAAUCUCUACCGCAUCAUCAGCGUUGAAGGCACAAAGGCGGUGAUAAACAGCACAAUAACAGCUAACAUGACGUUCACGAAGACAUCUCAGAAGUUCGGCCAGUGGAGCGACGUGCGAGCUAACACCGUGUACGGGCUCGGCUUCGCUUCCGAGGCGGAGCUUGGAAAGUUUAUAGAGAAGUUCCAAGAAGUAAAGGAGGCGAUACAAGCGCAGCAGUGCGGCGGCAAGGCGGCCCCUAAAUAUGUAUUAUUUUGUCCUCAGCCGAUCAAGACCGACAACGACGAGAUGAUGGUGCACCAAAGAGCUCACUCCGUGUCCUCCACUCUACAGGGCGGGGGGUACGCGACGGUGGGUCGCGCGCCGCGGGGGGCGCUGGCGGCGACCCCCGCGCCCCCCGCGCCCGCCGAGCCCGCCGCCGACAGCGCCGACCAGCUGCGCUACGAGAACGACCGCCUCAAGCUCGCGCUCGCGCAGAGUUCAGCGAAUGCAAAGAAGUGGGAAGUGGAAUUGGCAACACUAAAGAGCAACAAUCUCCGUUUGACUGCCGCGCUGCAAGAGAGUACAGCGAACGUGGAUGAAUGGAAGCGGCAACUACACCAGUAUAGGGAGGAGGUCGCUCGCGCACGUCACUACGCGGGGAAAGGUGGUGAUGCGAACGAAGUGGAACAGCUACGACAGCGCGUGGCGCAGCUGGAGGCGGAACUGGCGCAGAAGAAUGAAGAACUGGCUCAGAUCACCAAGUCCAAGAAGAGUGAACAGGACGCAGAGGCUAAACUCGCGCAGAGCCAGUUGGAGCUGGCGCUGGCGGCGCAGGACGGCCAGCGGCAGGUGCUGCAGGCGCUCAACGACCAGCUCGCGAGGCAGCUCGAGGAGCUCUCGACGAUCCAUCGCGAGAUAAACACCGCGUUGCAAACAUGAGACGCGGCCGCGGUGC